AUGGCACUCAAUCGAACAUUUACGCUCAACACGGGAGCGAAAACCCCCGCCGUGGGCUUUGGCACAUGGCAGGCCGCGCCGAAAGAAGUUGAAAAAGCUGUCGAGAUUGCGCUGAAGUCCGGCUACAGGCAUGUUGACUGUGCUGCGAUAUAUCGUAACGAGACCGAAGUGGGAGAGGGGAUCAAGAAAAGUGGUGUGAAGAGAGAGGAUAUCUUCAUCACGGGAAAGCUGUGGAAUACCAAGCAUCGACCAGAAGAUGUGGAGAAGGCGUUGGAUAAGACCCUCGCGGACCUGGGAACCGAUUAUGUUGAUUUAUACCUCAUGCAUUGGCCUUGUGCUUUCAAACCAGGCGACAAAUUCUUCCCGCUGGACUCGGAUGGAGUCUUUGAACUGGAUGAUGUGGACCCUUCCGUGACAUGGAAAGCAAUGGAGGCUCUGAUCAAGACGGGGAAGGCCAAAGCGGUUGGAGUUUCCAAUUUCAACAUUCGUCGCCUCGAAUCUCUCCUCGCCACUUGCACAAUCGUUCCCGCGGUCAAUCAAAUCGAAGUUCAUCCCUAUCUGCAACAACCGAAGCUCUUGGAGUUUUGCAAAUCGAAAGGAAUCCAAGUAGAAGCAUACUCUCCCCUUGGAAACAACCAGACGGGCGAGCCACGGACCGUCGAUGAUGCCAAGGUGCACGAAAUUGGGAAGAAACUCGGAAAGGAUCCAGGACAGGUGCUCGUGAGUUGGGGAGUGCAACGCGGUCACGUCGUUCUCCCCAAGUCGGUCACGGAAUCCCGCAUCCAGAGCAAUUUCCAGGAUUUCGAAAUCCCUGCCGAUUCGUUCACGGAAUUGAAUGCUCUUGAACGUCACAAACGGUUUAACUUUCCGGCGCGUUGGGGCUUUGAUAUUUUCGGCGAGGCGGGCGAGGAGAUGGUCAAGAAGGCUGCGAAGGAUGCUGGGGAGGAAAAUAAGACGAAAUUCACUGUAUAG